GACUAUCUUCUAAUCAGAAAUAAUUGAAACCAGAAGACAAUAGAAUGACAUUUUCAAAGUACUGAAAAAGAGCUGUUCCCCUCUCCUGCUCCUGAUUGGCUGGAAAACCAAGGGGGAGGAGCCUAGGAAUUCAUCCUAGCCAGCUGCUGGUCCAGCCCCAUCAUUAUUUUGCCCUCCUUUCAUGAUUGGCUGACAUCCACAGGGGGUGUGUCCUGGACAGUUUCACCAUCCUAAUUAUGCUGGCCCUGCCCCAUCCCCUUUGUCUUUCUGUAUCAAUUGGCUGACAGUCAUACUGGCUUCCUUUCCUGAUUAGGUUGGUCCAGUCCCACUUCUGUUUUUUUUGAGGGGGAUAAUUAGGUUUAUUUAUUUAUUAAAUUAAUUUAUUUAAUGGAGGUACUGAGGAUUGAACCUAGGGCCUCGUGCAUGCUAAGCACACACUCUACCACUGAGCUAUACUUUCCCUCUCCACCCCAUCAACCUGUCUUACUUCUUGGUUCUCCUUUUCUAAUUGGCUGGAAGUUGGAAAAAGCUGUGACACAAGACGUCCCAUCUCCUUACCAACCACCAACCCCCUUCCCAAAUGUUGGCUCCCAGAUUGGACGACUGGAUCAGGAGACCUGUAUCCCUCAUCCCUGGCUUUUGAACCCCAUUCUGAGCUUUGCAUAUGUCUCCAUCCAAGAAUACCUUUUCUAACUCCAAUUUUCUCAAGCUUCCCUGCCAGGGAUGGGGAGUGGGGAGUGGGGAGUUGGCCUGUCCUAAUCAUAAAAUAACAACCCUUGAGAUGUCACAGUUUCUAUAAAAAAUCUGUGUGAUUUUGACUCCUGCAACCGUGGCUUCGUUCAGCAAAUAAUGGACUAUCAGCUGUGUGCCAGGCUCCAUGCUGGGCACUUGGGGCACUGAGACACACAAGACACUGCUGAACAUGUGCUCCUUCAUGAGGCUUCCUUUUUCUUUGCUUCCCGAUCUCCCUACCCCACCCCCAUGUCCUGGUUCUCACACCUCUCAGGCUGUGCUUUCAUCUUCUUUGAUAGCGUGGCUGCCACAGCUGUGCCCUGGCCCUGCCCUCCCCUCCUUGCUCUUCCUCCAACCCUUGCCAGAAGCUGUCUCACUUUCCAUAGCCUCAUUUUAAGUUUCUACACUAACAACACCCUCAUCUCCGGUCCCAAUGCCAGCCUCUCCCGUAAGCUCCAAGACCCAGUUGUCUCACCACCUCCCGGUCAAAAAGCUUGUCACGUGGUAGAUGCUCAAUAAAUGUUCCGUAAAUUAUUGAAUGGAGGAUGGUUUUAAUGUGAGGCCUUUUUGUCAAAUGGGGCCUGGUGUGAUGUGGUGUAUUUUCAGGUCUGUGAGGACUUUCCAGCCAGGCUGCCUGGGUUCAAAUCCUGGCUCUGCCACCGACUAGCUGUGUAUCUCUGGCCAAGUCAUUUAACCUCUCCAUGCCUCAGUUUCUUCAUAGUAAAAUAGGAAUAAGAACCGUACUUUCCUCGUAAGGCUGUUAUGAAGAUGAAACAAGCUCACACAUAGAAGCACUGAAGACAGGGCUGAGUGCAGUAAGUUCUCAGAAAGAAAUUUUCAGUUCUGACCACUAAGUGCUCUCUAAAAAGCCGUAGGGAUCUGAAUGCCCCCGGCUCAGAGAAAUCUAGCACUACUGUGCUAAAUGGAUCGUGUCACGCUUGCAACCUUCUGGAGAAUUACGAGCUGUACCAGGUGGAGCUGGGUCCAGGGCCUGGUGGAGACAUGGCAGCCAAGAUGAGCAAGAAGAAGGCAGGAGGUGGAGGAGGCAAGAGGAAGGAGAAGCUGGAGAACAUGAAGAAGGAGAUGGAGAUUAAUGACCACCAGCUGUCAGUGGCAGAGCUGGAACAGAAAUACCAGACCAGCGCCACCAAGGGCCUGUCUGCCAGCCUGGCUGCGGAGCUGCUGCUGCGAGAUGGGCCCAACGCGCUGAAGCCGCCGCGGGGCACCCCCGAGUACGUCAAGUUCGCUCGGCAGCUGGCGGGCGGUCUGCAGUGCCUCAUGUGGGUGGCUGCAGCCAUCUGCCUCAUUGCCUUCGCCAUCCAGGCCAGCGAGGGUGACCUCACCACGGAUGACAACCUGUACCUGGCACUGGCCCUCAUUGCUGUGGUUGUGGUCACCGGCUGCUUCGGCUACUAUCAGGAGUUUAAGAGCACCAACAUCAUUGCCAGCUUCAAGAACCUUGUGCCCCAGCAAGCCACUGUGAUCCGAGACGGGGACAAGUUCCAGAUCAAUGCCGAUCAGCUCGUGGUGGGCGACCUGGUGGAGAUGAAAGGCGGGGAUCGAGUGCCAGCUGACAUCCGCAUCCUCCAGGCCCAGGGCUGCAAGGUGGACAACUCCUCACUGACCGGAGAGUCUGAGCCGCAGACCCGCUCGCCUGAGUGCACACAUGAGAGCCCCCUGGAGACCCGCAACAUCGCCUUCUUCUCCACCAUGUGCCUUGAGGGCACAGCACAAGGCCUGGUGGUGAACACAGGUGACCGCACCAUCAUCGGGCGCAUCGCAACACUGGCCUCGGGAGUAGAAAAUGAGAAGACACCCAUUGCUAUCGAAAUUGAACAUUUUGUGGACAUCAUCGCAGGCCUGGCCAUCCUCUUUGGGGGCACAUUUUUUGUGGUGGCCAUGUGCAUCGGCUACACCUUCCUGCGAGCCAUGGUCUUCUUCAUGGCCAUCGUGGUAGCCUACGUGCCUGAGGGGCUGCUGGCCACUGUCACGGUCUGCCUGUCCCUGACAGCCAAGCGACUAGCCAGCAAGAACUGUGUAGUCAAGAACCUGGAAGCAGUGGAGACCCUGGGCUCCACGUCAGUGAUCUGUUCUGACAAGACAGGGACCCUUACUCAGAACCGCAUGACUGUGUCCCAUCUGUGGUUCGACAACCACAUCCACUCCGCAGACACCACGGAAGACCAGUCAGGGCAGACGUUUGAUCAGUCCUCGGAGACGUGGCGGGCACUGUGCCGCGUGCUCACCCUAUGCAACCGCGCUGCCUUCAAGUCCGGCCAGGACGCGGUGCCCGUGCCCAAGCGCAUCGUGAUAGGAGACGCGUCCGAGACUGCGCUGCUCAAGUUCUCGGAGCUGACGCUGGGCAACUCCAUGGGCUACCGCGAGCGCUUCCCCAAAGUCUGCGAGAUCCCUUUCAAUUCCACCAACAAGUUCCAGCUGUCCAUCCACACACUGGAGGACCCACGCGACCCGAGGCACGUGCUUGUGAUGAAGGGCGCCCCCGAGCGCGUGCUGGAGCGCUGUAGCUCCAUCCUCAUCAAGGGCCAGGAGCUGCCACUGGAUGAGCAAUGGCGCGAGGCCUUCCAGACUGCCUACCUCAGCCUGGGAGGCCUGGGUGAACGCGUCCUGGGCUUCUGUCAGCUCUACCUGAAUGAGAAGGACUACCCGCAUGGCUAUGCCUUCGACGUGGAGGCCAUGAACUUUCCAACCAGUGGCCUGUGCUUUGCGGGACUCGUAUCCAUGAUAGAUCCACCUCGGGCCACUGUCCCUGACGCUGUGCUCAAGUGCCGCACAGCAGGCAUCCGGGUGAUCAUGGUGACGGGUGACCACCCCAUCACAGCCAAGGCCAUUGCAGCCAGCGUGGGCAUCAUUUCAGAAGGCAGUGAGACGGUGGAGGACAUCGCUGCUCGCCUCCGUGUGCCUGUGGACCAGGUUAAUCGGAAGGAUGCCCGUGCCUGUGUGAUCAAUGGCAUGCAGCUGAAGGACAUGGACCCAUCAGAGCUGGUAGAAGCACUGCGUACCCACCCUGAGAUGGUGUUUGCUCGUACCAGUCCCCAGCAGAAGCUGGUGAUUGUGGAGAGCUGCCAGCGACUGGGUGCAAUUGUGGCUGUGACAGGAGAUGGUGUAAAUGACUCCCCAGCCCUGAAGAAGGCAGACAUCGGUGUGGCCAUGGGCAUUGCCGGCUCGGACGCUGCCAAAAAUGCAGCCGACAUGAUCCUGCUGGAUGACAACUUUGCCUCCAUUGUGACAGGCGUGGAGCAGGGCCGGCUGAUCUUUGACAACCUGAAAAAGUCCAUCGCCUACACAUUGACCAAGAACAUCCCUGAACUGACACCGUACCUCAUUUACAUCACUGUCAGCGUGCCCCUGCCCCUCGGGUGCAUCACCAUCCUCUUCAUAGAACUCUGUACCGACAUCUUCCCGUCUGUGUCCCUGGCAUAUGAGAAGGCCGAGAGUGACAUCAUGCACCUGCGUCCACGGAACCCGAAGCGUGACCGAUUGGUCAACGAGCCCCUGGCUGCCUACUCCUACUUCCAGAUCGGUGCCAUCCAGUCAUUUGCCGGCUUCACUGACUACUUCACGGCCAUGGCCCAGGAGGGCUGGUUCCCAUUGCUGUGUGUGGGGCUGCGGCCACAGUGGGAGGACCACCACCUACAAGAUCUGCAGGACAGCUAUGGCCAGGAGUGGACGUUCCGGCAGCGCCUGUACCAGCAGUAUACCUGCUACACCGUGUUCUUCAUCAGCAUCGAGAUGUGCCAGAUUGCCGACGUCCUUAUCCGCAAGACACGCCGCCUCUCUGCCUUCCAGCAGGGCUUCUUCAGGAACAGGAUCCUGGUUAUUGCCAUCGUGUUCCAGGUCUGCAUUGGCUGCUUCCUAUGCUACUGCCCCGGAAUGCCCAACAUCUUCAACUUCAUGCCCAUUCGGUACCAGUGGUGGCUGGUCCCCAUGCCCUAUGGCAUCCUAAUCUUCGUCUAUGAUGAGAUCCGGAAACUUGGAGUCCGCUGUUGCCCAGGGAGCUGGUGGGACCAGGAACUCUAUUAUUAGAGGGACCGCUGCCUCCAAGCCAUCUUUGCACACACAGCAGUGGGGGCGGGGGUGGGGGGCACAAGGGACCCUCUGGACAGCUACCAAACAUCUAAGCAGUCAAGAGCCCCAGCCCCACCUGUGUCUGCUCUUGCAGCCCAUGGCAACUCAACCUUGAAGGGACCCUCCCCACUCCCCCUCCCCAUCCUCAAGGGGCCCUCCUGGAGGAGCAGUCCCUAGACUCAGUCCUCUGGGCUGGCCUCAGGGAAGCCCCCACCAGAGGGGGAGGGGGCUUUGAUGGGGAAUGGGAGCUAGCAGCUCCUAUGAGGUGGGUCUCUCCUUGGGACUCCAGGCCAGUAAGAGGGCUGCCUGGGGGCUCUUCUUUAAGAACACACUCAUGUCUGUGAUAGUAAUAAACCAGCUCACACUGACUGUUUUUAUUUGGUGUCGGGCAUCAUCUUAAGUGUUUUUUCAUGAGCCUCUUUUGUCUGCCAGAAUCCU